CUGGGGCGUCCCAGCCCCGGAGGAGGGACCCGGAAGCAGAAGCGGAGCCGCGAGUGGAGCCCAGCCGCUGCCCCCGCUGCCCGCCGGUGCCGGGUGGGGGUCCCGGCGGCUGGAUGGGCAGCGGCGGCGCGGGCCGCGGGCGGCGAUGGGCGAGGAGCAGAGCACCGUGAGCGGCGGCGGCGGCGGCGGGCCCCAGGAGGCGCGGGCCCAGGCUGGCGGCGCCGCUGGCCACCGCGAGCCCCCAAGGCCGAGGGGGGACAGCUCGGGGGCUCCCGGGCCGCGCGCCGCCUCCGCCGAGCCGAGCGGUGGCGGCGGCUGCGGAAGGAACUCUGGCUGCGCGGACUCGAACGCCCCGGAGCCCGCGAGGAGCCGGGGAGACCCGCACUGGAGGAACAGCCAAGCAGUGGGGCGGCCCACGGGACUGGCGUUCCCCGGGCUCCUCAACCCGCAGACUUUGCAACUGCAGUUGGAGCAGGAGCAGCAGCAGGAGGAAGCUGGGGACCGAAACGAGGGAGGGGAUGAACAGCAGGAGGCGCCCCCCGGCGAGGAGCUGGAGCCCAGGGGCCGCGCCGGGGCCCCCGACGGACUGCUGCUGGACGUGCUGGGUCAGCGGCGCCCGCCCUCCGCCAGGAAGCAAGUCUUCUGCUCCGUGUACUGCGUGGAGAGCGACCUGCCCGAGGCCCCUGCCACUGAGCAGCUCUCGCCGCCUGAGUCCCCACCUCGGGCUUCGCCAGUGCCGAAGCCCCCCAGCCCCGUCCCCUCCUUCCCCAGCCCCCGGCUGUCCCUGCCGGCAGAGCCCCUGUCCCCCGACGGCGGCAGCAUCGAGCUGGAGUUCUACCUGGCGCCCGAGCCGCUCUCGGUGCCCAGCCUAUUGGGAGCUCCACCCUACCCGGGCCUGGGCGGAGUAGGGGACACCUUUGCGCCCCUCAUGGUGCUGAUGUGCCGGGUGUGCCUGGAAGACAAGCCCAUCAAGCCCCUGCCCUGCUGCAAGAAGGCCGUGUGCGAGGAGUGCCUCAAAGUCUACCUGAGCUCGCAGGUACAACUUGGCCAAGUAGAAAUCAAAUGCCCCAUCACAGAGUGUUUUGAAUUCCUGGAAGAAACAACAGUUGUCUAUAACUUAACACAUGAAGACUCCAUCAAGUAUAAAUACUUCUUGGAACUUGGUCGCAUUGAUUCCAGUACCAAGCCCUGUCCUCAGUGCAAGCACUUUACAACCUUCAAGAAAAAAGGACAUAUUCCCACCCCUUCCAGAUCAGAAAACAAAUACAAAAUCCAGUGCCCCACUUGCCAAUUUGUCUGGUGUUUUAAGUGCCACUCUCCUUGGCAUGAAGGUGUUAACUGCAAGGAGUACAAAAAAGGAGACAAAUUGUUGCGUCAUUGGGCCAGCGAAAUUGAACAUGGACAGAGAAAUGCCCAGAAGUGUCCAAAGUGCAAGAUCCACAUCCAGAGAACUGAAGGAUGUGACCACAUGACCUGUUCACAGUGUAACACUAAUUUUUGUUAUCGAUGUGGGGAGAGAUACCGCCAGCUCCGUUUCUUUGGAGACCACACAUCAAACCUCAGUAUAUUUGGAUGCAAAUAUCGCUACCUCCCAGAGAGACCUCAUUUAAGGAGAUUAGUGCGAGGGUCCGUCUGUGCUGGAAAAUUAUUUGUUGCACCUCUAAUCCUGGUGUUGGGAUUAGCACUAGGGGCCAUAGCGGUUGUAAUCGGUUUAUUUGUAUUUCCUAUCUAUUGCCUUUGUAAAAAACAGAGAAAACGGUCACGGACAGGUAUGCACUGGUGAAGGGCAGAUGCUUCCCUGGCUCAGGAGGUCCAAGUAGGAGCUUGACAGAGUGGUACGGCCAUCUGUGCAUCACAGCCUGAAAAACACUGACAGCAGCCUCCUGCCAUCUUGGUCUCCCAUGGUUCCCUGCAGGCCACAAUGCCUCUAGCUAUGGUGCGCUCCCAACAUGGUAUCCUGUUGUUUCCCUAAACAAAUUGCUGCUUUUCACAGUCACUUUCAUAAACUAUAAACAUCUGUGUCAUAACUCUGACUUUUGUAGUCCUUGGAAGAAAGUAUUUUACUUGAGAACCAGUUAUCCUCAGAAUUGUUCUGAGCACGCCUCUCCUGAGCAUUGCCGCAGACUGUCUUUGACCCCUGCACCUCCCCCCAGGCCACCCUCCAGACUUGGUGUGAACAGCUCAAGUCCUAUCUGUACCAAGAAGCAUUCUGCCACUUUCGGAAGAUAAAAGCUCACCGAAUGCACCUGUUGUCAUCUGUGGCCCAAGCAGUAUAAUUCUUUUAUCCUUCAGAUGCCGUCAUUGCUGAAACUCUCAAUGCCCUAAAGGGAACUAAUGAAACUAAAUUAAUGAGAAGAAUCCUGAGUUACUGAAGUGUAUAUGUGUAGGGGUGUGAAUAUGUGUAUAUAUUAAUAUAGAUUAAAACUAGACCCAGUCACCCUGUAUUUAUCUAUUUCCCUGCCUCUACACUGUUUUUCCACAUUUUCGUAGACCUAUUUAAAGAUGACGGUUCCUUUGUGGGCAUACUUUGGUAAUGUAUUGAAUUAAAGUCAAUGUAGACAACAGGCUAUCCUGAUGUUGACCCUUUCUAUGUCUUGCUGUCUCUGUCACACACACACACACACACACACACACACAAACUUGUCGAUGUUCCCCUCAAGGAAUAUGAAGCUUUGUAAACUGACAAAAUAGGAUGCUUUUAGGAAAUUCUCCAGACCCAAAUGCUGACUCUUUUCCUAUAUUUUGACAUAUGUGAUUCACUUUAUGGAUAAAUUAUUCCACACAGGUUUCUUUAAUACAAAGAACAAGUUUGUUGUAUAGAGAGAACUGCUUAAGCCUUUAAACAAAUCCCUUCUCUGCUAAUAUGUUAACCAACUUGUAAUUACAGAGAAUUGUGCUGGAAGUUAAGGUUUUACAUUAUUUAAUACUCCACCUUUUCCCUUAGUCUCUCUUUCUUUUUAUUUGUCCCAAAGUUUUUCAUAAAAACAAACAUUUUUGAAGGAUUUGUCUUAGGUUGACUGCUCAAAUGCAUAAACUCUAUCUUCUUAUGGAGGGGUAAUUUGAAAACAAAACUUCAUAGAUGUAUCUACAAUAGAAACAGCUUUUGGAAAAGAAAAAAGUGCAGAAAAUAUUUCAGGAAUUUUCUUCUAACCUGAGAAUUCUUUAAAAAUAAGAAAGGACAAGUAUCUACUAAACCAUGAUAUUCUAUUGUUUUCAUCACAAAUGUUCACCAGCAGAGUGAAGAAGCCUCAGUGUCCAGUCAUUUCCAAAUUCUUAAAAUUAGCUGUGAGCCAUAAAUAUAGCACUCAUUUGUCAUCAACCUUGUCUGACUCCAAAUAGAUAAGGUAACAAAACAUGCAUUAACAUGGAUAGUUUGUCUUUGUUGACUCCAGAGCAUAAGGACAUUUUAUCACUUUUGUUUGACCUAAAGAGUACAUGAUAGUGAUGGCUGAAGCCACUCAGUUCGUAUUUCUGAAUAACACAAAAUAGCUCCACUACAGCUUCUGGGCUGCUUGCAUGUUUCAGAUAGAAGAGGGUGUGGCAUCCCUGGCAGUCCUGGGGUAGCAGGAAGCAGAAUGCAAGAUGAGAAGAUGUGAUGUUCUGGUUUCACAGCUCCAUCUUUUCGUUUUCCCUUCCAUGUAUUCCUGAGUGUCUGUCUGAGGUACUCCAGUAUUAAAGCUUAACGAAUGAGAAUUUCUAGCUUAAAUUCAUGUAUUUCUGCCAUAAAAGUGCUUCAUUUUUGCAAAUUCACCUUUCCUGAACUUAGGCAUUAGUUUGGCAAUGUGUGAAUAGGAUGACUUAUAAAUCUAGCAGAUAUCUGCGUGUAUGAUAUAUAUCUACACAUAUGUAUCAUACAUAUGCGUACAUUUGCCAUAUACAUAUAUGCCAGCUGGCAGAGUAAUAUACUCUCUGGUCUUAGAUCAUCUAGUUUCUUAGGUUUUUAUAUCUGUUGUCUUUGGCUUACUCAGGGAUUUUUAUUCCUUUCUUUGAAUAACUUAUCUUUUAGAAGUAUUUUUAUAUAAUUUGGAAAACUUUCCACUAUCCCAGUUACAGCAAUGUCUGUUAUCAGUGAAGACUAUUCACCAGUGCUUGAGAAGUGUGCACUGUGUUACACAAGAUUUUCAUUUUUCUAUGCAUAGAUUUUUUUAAAUUAAUGUAUGCAUUUUUCUCCUAUAAGAUUGCUAUAUUUGGCCUUUCUCUGCUGGUAACUUAAUUAUUAGUGAAUUUUUUUUACUUAGCUUUAUCAGGAUCUUAAAAACAGAAUAAAAUGAAAAGAAGUAUUUAUAUGUCAGUGCCAACUUUGAAGAUAUAACAACAGUAGUAACUUUUGGGAUAAAUUCUAAGAACUAUUUUAGGAAAAGAAGUGUGCACAUAACAUAAAUAUCUUUCUAUCCAAGGCUUCUCAUUUUUAUAUGUUUUUAUUGUAAAUUUAAUAUAUAUUCCUUUAAAAAUAAAACAAUAUACAAUUAUUAAAUACAAAUUUAUCUGUUUACCCCUAAUUUUUUGGGGGGUAGCCACUAUUAAGGUUUUGGUAUAUGUUCUUCCACUUUCUGCAAAUAUACAAUUAAGUGUGUGUGCAUAUGUAUCAAUGUGUGUGUUAGUUUUAUACAAAUAGAAUAAUAAUAUUCUUACUGUGCUGUGACUUCUUCAUUUGGUAGAUACUUUUCAUAAAAGUUUAAAUAAAUUUACCUCAUUCUUUUGUAAAUUACUACAUAAUCCAUUGUGGGGCUAUACUUACACAGUCCCCUGUUGAAUGGACAUCAAGGUCAUUUUAACUGCUCUAUCAGUAACCAGGCAUUAGUGAAGUCCCUUUUGCAUAAGUUUUUAUCACCUUGCAUAAACACUUCCGUAAGUUUUUAAAUUUGGUUUUUAGAAGAUAUGUGUAAUAAAAUUUGUAAUGCAUUUCCAGGAAAUUAGAUCAUAGAAAUAAGGUGUUUGAGAACCUCUUUUUGGAGAAAAUGAAAGAUUGUAUAGGAGUGCAUAAUUUUUGAAGGAAAGUAUAUUUGGAAGGAUAAUUUCCUGCAUGCUUUAUUAGCCAAAUGAGUACCUUGCCAAAACUUUUAUAAGAGGAAAUUAAUCUUUUUUCCAAUAAAAAUAAAAUGUGAUAGGAUAUUUCAGAUAAUGUGAGAAAGAUGAAUUGAUUUGGAUUUGGAGAUGGCCUAUUUUUAAAACUUGAAGUUUUUAAAUGACAAACUCUAGCCAAGUUGAUGAUGCUUGUCACAUUUUUGAAAACACUAUCCAUGUUCAUGCAUGUUACUCCACAUGUUAUGCCAUUGUGAAAAGUAAGAGCAAUGGUUGGCAAAUAUAAACCCCAAAAAUAAGCCAUAAAAAGAUAAAUUAGAUCCUGUAAGUUUUGGUGGAAUGGCACGAAACGUUCAUUUUAUUCUGAAUCCCAGCAGUUCCCUGGGGAUUUCAGUGUGUGCAGUAAGAGGAGAGGUCUCAAACCUUUUCAUGCAAGCAACGUCUUGUAAGCCACCACACUGAUUUUCUGAUAGGUGCUAUUGUAUCUUAAGAGUAGAACAGACAGGAAACAAUCAAAUAUAAUUAAACACCAGUCAGGUUGCAACAUGAUAUCUUUAAUUGUGCAUUCUCUACUAUGGCAUCAAGAUUCAAUGGAACCUGUCAGGAAAUGCCUUGUUGUGUAGCACUCACCAUCUCUUGGGUCCCAUGGCCCCAGGACGCCUGUACUUUUCAAUCCUUCCACCCAAAUGGAUGGCCCGUAUUCUACACACUGUGGUUGUUUCUUCCAGACCCUGGUUCCCCUCCCCAUUUCAUUUUUCUUUAAACCUCUGCUGUUCUAACUAAUCCUCUCACAAAAAGAGACAGGAGGUCUGGCAGGUGCAGAGCAUCAGCACGAUUCCCUGACCUUUGUUAAUUCAGAGUGUAUCUGCCGAAACAUGCUGCCUAUUAAAAUUUUUAAUUAUAAACAAGUUAGUAACCUAAAUAACAUCAGUUGGGAUAAUUUUUUAAAGUACAAAAAAAGAAAAUUAAUACCAAAAGCCAUCUUAGAUUUUAAUUUUGUAAGCAAGAUGCAUAUAUGCCUUAAUGUGAGUCUUCACAUUGAAGUGUAUGCUCAUUCUUCCACAUUUGUGACUAAAACCAGUUUUUGAAAGUAGUUUUUCCUGUGGUUAGCUUUAUUGUUUGAUAUUAAUAUGUUAACAUACAGCCUUAAAGUUCCAUAAUGCACUUUAAAAUACUUGUGCCAUCCAAGUGAUUUAACAAGAGUUAAAGCAAUGGACAUCUAUAUGGACUUCAGUGGAGAGAGAACAGUGUUAGCAAAUACAGAAUACAGUGAUGCACCACUUAAUGACUUCCAUCGAUGCCUGACCGCAUAUGUGAUAAUAGCUGUACCAUAUGGCCCAGGUGCAUGGGAUUGGUAGGCGGUACAAUGUAGGUUUCUGUAGGUAUACUCUGAAGUCACACAACGACAGAAUUGCCCAAUGCCACUUUACUUAGAACAUACCCUUUUGUUAAGCAGCAUAUGACCGCAUGUCAUCUCUAAAUUUAGGGGUAAUCAGUAGCUAAAAAUUUUAAAUACAUAAAACAUACCUGAAAAAAAUAAGUUUCUGAGAUUAUGAUAAUCCUGGAAAUUGGUGAAAAGAAGCUCAAAAAUAGCAACUAAUACUUUAAAAAUGUUACAUAAUAACCUGGUUGGAAUGUUUGUUUAAAAUAUUCAGUUAAUUUCUAUUGCAUAGUUCAUUAAUUCUUUAAAACAGGUCCCCUCAGUAGAGACAUGAAAGUCAAAACUACCACCAGUGACCAGUUUGAGAAAGCUUUGUUUUUCAAAUGAUUACGAUUUAAUUCUGACAUUUUCCUCCUAAAAUGGUAUACAAUUAUAUUUUAUAUAUGUAUCCACAUGCUUACUUUGAUAAAACUGAAAUAAUUUUAUAGAGGUAUUGAAAUAUGGUCUGGAAACUCAGAGUUCCAAAAUUUGGGGAGUAUUUAAGAUUAGGAAAUGUUACCUUUGAGAUAUAAACCGAUGAUAGAAACUUUUAAGAAAGAAAUGUAGUAGGCACUCCUUGGUAACUGUGGUUUUUCAGAGUAAAACUAAUUUAUUUCAAAGCCAAGUAUUGUGUGGAACUUCUAUUUUAUACCACUGUUGUAAGAUUAGAACUUUGACUAUUACAAAUCCAAGAAACAGAGAGCCACAGUAGUGUGAGACUAUCAUACUUGUCUAUCUAGAGAAUGAACUGAAGCCUUAAUAUAUCACAUACCUUACAGAACCCUAGACACAUUGUCCACUUUGGAAGCAUGUAAUUAUGCAUACUAUAAACCAUAUUUUUGCUGAAUAAAUGACUGUUUUGAUGGACAAUAUGGACUUAAAAAGCAAUAAAUUAUUUUUUUAAAUACAUGCAACAUUGCCACUCCUUCCUUUUCUUUUCUUUUUUUUUUUUUUGGACACUUCAUUUUUUUUUGGACACUUCAUUAAGUUUAUUUAACACUGCAUCACUUAGAUUACACACAGUAACUCAGAAAAUGCUGCCUGUUUUUCAGUUCCAUGCCACAUUUUUCUCACUUUGUUCCAUUAAUAUUAAAUUACUGUCUUCCUUGCUUAAAAAGGGAUACCUUCAUACUUCAACAUCAAGUUCAUAUUUUCUCUUAGAUUUCCCAAUUGUCAUGCCUUUUUGCCUCUACAGUCCCCUUCCCAUCUUGGCCAACUGUGGAUAAAUUGCCCCACCGUGUGCUCCUUUGACUCCAGUGAAAUGAAAUUCAGCACUGAAAGGACUCCACAGUUUAGCCCUGGUAAUGAGUAUAAAAUUGACUUAUUUACCUUGGUUUAUUUUAUCUGUAAAUUGAAAUGCAUCAGGAGUUCCUGGAAUAAUUUGAUCUCUUCUUGAUACCUGUUGGAGAAUACUGCCUUGUUCUCUGUCAAAAAGCAUGUCAAAUGAAUGAGAACAUGUUUUUUGGAUUAGAAGGACUAAUAAUACUCUAAAAUCAAGCAUCAGAAGUUGUGUUAUGAAUAUCAUAAGAUCAGUAUUGUGUUUGCACAUGAGUUGAACACAAAGUGUGUGUAGACAUUCACACAGCCUGACCCCAGGUUAUUCAUUUUUCACCCAUAAUGGGUUAUGGCUAUGGUUUAGGGCCUUUGAGCAAAAAGUUCUAUAGCUUGGACUUGCGAGUGGAUUUCCAUAGUGUGACAUUUGUAUAUAAGAUUCAACCAUGGGUUCAUAGCUGAGAACAUUAUUAAACUUUUUCAUAAUCUAAGAUAGAUCAUAUUGAAUGUAACUAUUAGCACUAUCCUAGAGAAACCAUUUGUUCUUUGCAAAUGUUCAACUCUCAUUGAUAUUAUUUAGAUAUAAGCCACACUCAAGAUAUAUUUAGUAAAGGUGUAGUCCAAGGAAGUCAAACUAGGCUAUUGUAGGGCCUCAGAAAUUACUGAAAUAAUAUCAUUUCAGAUCCUUCCUUGUAGCUGGCAAGCUGUGCUGUCUGUUGUUGGUUCUUUGUAAACUUAUUAUGUGUUCACCUCAUGCCCCAUCAAAAGAAAUAUUCUCAACAAUUCAAAUUCUUAAAGAUGACAUUUUCAAUCAUAAUACUGCCUCUUUUAUCAAAAUGUUUUUCUUGUUUCUUUCAAGCAAAUAGUACCUGAAUAUUUGAUACAAAUAUCUAAAUUUUUUCAGUCUAUAGAACAUUACCAUGCUUUAUAUUUCUUUAUAAAAAAAUUCUAGAUAAAGUACCAUGACAUUUUUUUAUCAGAUCACUACAAACCCUUUUACCAAAGGCCUACUUUUUUAAAAAGUUUCAUAUGGGCACCCCUUAAUAGUUUUUAUUAUAUUAUCAUUUUCAUCACAAUUAAAAUUCUGUGGAUGAUAUUAAAAAAAAGGGUAGACCAACUUUAUAUUUCAUAUGAAACCUAGGAACAGUAAUUGAUUUGCAUAUAUGUGGAAAAUACAUAUGCAUGUAUAUAAUAAUACCAUCACCUUAACAAGGACAAUGCUGCACAUUUUAAUAUGAAAGUUAAUGGAUAACCUUGUUGCUUAUGAAAGUAAUUGUCGACAUAAUAAUAAAUAGUAAAUUCUAAAAGAUGACAAAUAAUUUUCGGUAGAAGGAACACAAACUCAGUGGCAUUAAAAUGUUAUUAAGUUAUAUUAACACAUUAUUAAGUCACCAUGAGAAUUUGUACUUUUGUUUCUACUUCAAACACAAUUGAUUAUAAGACAUUUUAGUGAAACAAAUAUAUUUGUAUUGCAAAACUGUGGGACAAUUAAAUUAUUAAUAUUCUCUUUUUCUGGAGUAUAAGAUGGUGAAAAGCAGAUGUUUAAUCUGUUAUUGUAUGUUCAGAAAUUGCAGUUCUAAAGAACAAUUUUUGUCUAUUUAAGGAAAAUAUGGCCCAUAUACAAUAUAUUCUCAAUAAUAGCAAAUGGGAAGAAAUUUCUUAAUUUUAGAGUUAAUAACUUUCACUAACAGUUUAUAUCAAAUCCUGUCCAUUCCACUAUAUUGUAUAUUUUUAGUUUUCUAUAAAAUUUGUAACCUUUUUCCAAGUAAUGUGCAUCAUAAUACUUUUCAUGUUUAAAAUGAGCUCAAUUGAAAUAUUUCUUUGAUUUUUCACUGAUAUCAGAAGAUACUUAUGUAAUUUUGUUUUUCAACUUUUUCUGAAUUUCUGUGGUAAUACAGUUAACUUUGAUAUUGAGAAAACUAUUUGGAAGAAACCAUUUUUAAUAUAUUGUAAGAAAGAGGCAGGUAGAAAUAAAAAACAAUGUUAAUAUUCUUAUGCAGAAAUCUGUGAAAAGAAAAAGAGGAAAACAAAAUAUGCUGAAAUGAAAAUGAAAAUGUUGGAAAAUAGAGUAUUUAAAAGACCAUUUAAUUUCUUACAUUGUUAGAGCAAUCAGCUUCUUAUUUCCAAAUUAUUUCUUGCUGUUGGUGCCACGAAUUGUGCUUUGAACAUAGUAUAUAAUUUCCUCACCACUUGAGUGUUUGUUACUAAUUUACUGAAAAGAAUGGAAGAAACUGGUGAAUAAAAGCCAGGGAAAGUGGGUUGGUUGCCAUUUCCCGAUAGCACUAAUUUGUAUUCCCUUUAACUUUCCAUAUGGUGCUUUGUGUGAUGAGUAUAUAACAGUUAUAUGUUAUUAGUGCCUUAUUUUUUUCACUUGACUUUAUUUCUUAUCUAAAGAGCCAUAUAUAUUUUUUGUGAGUGUUUUUUGGUCCCUCUAUUUAAACUGCUAGUGAGACAGUAUAUCUUUAGGUAUGUAUAUAGGCUGUAUUUGCUACCUUAAUCGACUGUACAAUCUUUAGAACAGCAGACUAGCCGAUGUAUUUUCCUCAAAUUCAUUUUUAAGCCAAAGUACAAAAAUGGAUAUUAAACAACAGAAAUUAAAGCCAUUGAAGUUGGAAUGUGUUUUAAAACGAUGCACAUACAAGAAUGCUGAUUGUCAAACAGGAGUUGGAAUGACUGACUGUGGCUCCAAUUAGGACAAAUUUACUGAAAGCAUUAACAAUAAGAGUGAGUAUAUGGUACUAGAGAAAUCUGACUGAUUCUCUGCAACUUAUCUUUGGCAACAUUUCAUCAGUAGUGUACUCCUAUCCAAAUGCUGGAGACCAUGGUGUUCACUAUUGACAUGUUGUUCUUCAUUCACAGUGGACUUCAUGGACAUCAAGCCAUUUUGUGUAAUAUAUUAUUUUGCUCUUCUGGGUCUGUGCCUUUGUUUUACUUUAUACAAAAUGCUGGUUUUCUUGUGUUCUUUAUGUACCAUAGUAUAUACUUUUCCUGAUGAAUGUAUGAUGAAUCAUUAAAAUAAACCAUGUGCAUAGAAAAGAUAAAAGACACAGGUUGUAUAUGCAAAUAUGUGUAAAUAUUUGACAAAGAAAAAAAAAAAGGAAAAGAAUCUUCCUGCCAACAGAUAGGUCCUGCUGGACAGGACCUGGAAAUUUAAAGAUUUUUUUAAGUGGUGAAAUUUAAAAAUCUAUUACCUCAGUAAUUUUCAGUGGAUAUGUGUUAGUGUACUGCUCGCUCUUAGUAAGUACAGUCUCGCUUGCUGCUGGUGGUUAAAGCAACCCAAGUUUCAUAUCACACAAAUUUUAGGGACAAGUUUUUUUAAAAAUGAAUAUCUUGUGAUAUUUUGGAGUCUAAUUAUGGACUUUCAGUAAUGUCCCUAUGACCUUUUGGUUGUAGUUGGGCCUUUUUUUUUGGUUGGUUACUUUAUAAUGGGAGGGUAAUUUUAUUAUGAGAUCAGAUCUCAUGGAAGAAUAUAAAGACAUUCACUCUACUUGGAUGAAAACUAUAAUGGGAAUCAAACUACUUUGAUUAUCACUGUAUGAGCUGUUGUAUGGAUUACUGUGGAGUACUGUUUACCACAUGAUGUGUGCAAUACAUCAUGCAACAUCAUCUAGCAAUGCCUAAUAAAAUUUUCAAAAGAGAA